AUGGUUGAGCCCUUCUUGGGAACCUGGAAACUGGUCUCCAGUGAAAACUUCGAGGAUUACAUGAAAGAAUUAGGAGUGAAUGCUGCAACUCGGAGCUCAGCAGGAUCAGCGAAGGUGAAUGUCAUUAUUAGUGAGGAUGGGGACACAGUAACCAUCCAAACACAAAGUAUCAUCAAGAACACGGUUAUCUCCUUCAAGCCUGGAGUGGAAUUUGAUGAAACUACUGCAGACAACCGGAAAGUAAAGAGUAUCAUAACAUUAGAUGGUGGCUCAAUGAAUCAUGUCCAGAAAUGGCUGGGCAAAGAAACAACGAUCAAAAGAAAAAUUGUAGAUGGAAAAAUGAUAGUGGAAUACACCAUGAAUAACAUCGUCAGCACUAGAACUUAUGAAAAAGUGUGA